CCACUCACAUAUUUUAACAUUUUAAAAAUCCCCUUUGGCAGCUCCAGCUCUGCUCGCAAAAACAACUUUCGGCUAGUCAAAAUUUAAGGUCCUCCGAAAUGACGACGCAUUUCUACUACCCCAACAAGGAGCUGCAGGAGGAGCUGACCUGCAUUUCGAAGGCCUUGGUGGCCCCUGGAAAAGGCAUCCUGGCGGCCGACGAGUCGAGCUCGGUGAUGGGCAAGCGAUUCCAGCUGAUCGGGGUGGAAAACACGGAGGAGAAUCGACGGAUAUACCGGCAAAUGCUGUUCACCACCGAUCCCAAGAUAUCGGAGAACAUAUCCGGGGUGAUAUUCUACCACGAAACACUGCAUCAGCGGACAGAUGAUGGCCUGCCUUUUGUGGAGGCCCUACGGAAGAAGGGUAUCCUCACGGGCAUCAAGGUGGACAAGCACUUUUCACCGCUCUUCGGCUCCGAGGAUGAGUUCACCACCCAGGGGCUGGAUGAUCUGGCCAAUAGGUGUGCCCAGUACAAGAAAGAGGGUUGCAGCUUCGCCAAGUGGCGUUGUAUCCUGAAGAUCACCAAGAACACUCCCUCGCCUCAGGCCAUUUUGGAAAAUGCGAACGUGAUGGCUCGAUAUGCAGCCAUCUGUCAAUCGCAGAGACUGGUGCCCAUCAUCAGUCCCGAGGUGCUGGCCACUGGAGAUCAUGACCUGGAUCGCUGCCAGAAGGUCAACGAAAUCCUACUGGCUGGUGUGUACAAGGCCCUCAGUGAUCACCACGUCUUCCUGGAGGGCACUCUUCUGCAGCCCAGCAUGGUGGUGCCCGGUCUACAGAGUAACAAAAACCAUCCACCAUCGGACAUUGGAAUGGCCACUGUGCUCUCUGUCCGGAGAACUGUUCCUCCAGCUGUUAUGGGAAUCCUCUUCUGCAGUGGAGCCCAGUCUGAAGAGGAGGCCUCGGUCAACUUGAAUGCCAUUAACAAUGUGCCCCUCUGCAAGCCCUGGGCUAUGACUUUCGCCUUCGAUCGGGCUCUUCAGACCUCAAUUCUGAGGACUUGGGGUGGCAAAAAGGAGCAGAUCACCCAUGCCCAAAAUGAGCUCAUCAAGCGGUGCAGGGCAAACGGUCUGGCCAGCAUAGGAAAAUACAUAGUUGGCUCUGUGGAAAGCUCUGCGGGCACCGAGAGACUCAUCCAGGAAGCCGUCGAGUUCUAGGAUUAAAAUUAUUUAUUUGUUUUAGAAAAUAAAAUUAUAAAAUAAA